CCGAACCAAACAGGAAGUAGUGCGAGAGCGGCUGCUGAAAAUGUUUACGUUCAGUUUAACGUUCGUACGACAAGCCUGCGUGUCCUGUCAGGUGUUGCAGCAUGCUGUGUGGCUACAUGUGUGCCUUGGGGAAACGCAGUACAACAGGGAAAAGCUGCUGCAAGGUCAAGGUGUGGACACGCUGCUGUCAGAGACAGGUGUGCAGCAGGCUGAGGCAGCAGGACAAUACCUAAAAGACAUCGCGUUUACCAAAGUGUUUGUCAGUAACCUGCAACGAGCUGUACAGACAGCAGAGAUAAUUCUGAGGAACAACAGUCAUUGCUCUGGCAUGGAAAUGGUUUUGGAGCCGCUACUCAGAGAGCGAGGUUUUGGUGUCGCUGAAGGGCGUCACAAAGAGUAUUUGAAGAACAUGGCGAAUGCUGCAGGCCAGUCGUGCCGUGACUACACACCACCGGGAGGAGAGACUUUAGAUCAGGUGAAGCUUCGAUUCAAAAAAUUCCUCAAAGCUCUUUUCAAGCAAAUGCUGGAUGAGCACCUCUCAUCAGGACCGGCUGCCUCUUCAGGAGCUUCAGCAUCUGGAGAUGUCGCCCAGGGGACCGCGGCCGUUGCCUCCAACACCCCCCCCUGCUGCUCAGCUGAUGACGGCCUUCAGGGCGUGCUUGUCCACACUCUGGUGGUGAGCCACGGCGCUUACAUUCGUGUGGCCAUCUGGCACCUUGUGGAGGACUUAAAUUGCGCUCUACCUGCAGGGGCGAAAAUGCAGCAAGUGUUUUCACCCUGUCCGAACACGGGCAUCAGCCGCUUCAUUCUCACCCUGAGUGAGUCUGAGUCUGGGCCGGUCCUCUCCGCUGCUCGCUGUGUUUUUACCAACAGGAAGGACCACCUGGAGAACCUCGCAGAUGGUGAAUAGCACAAAAGAAAAUAAAGAGGUAGAUGUUCUCUGCUUGUGUGUGUAUAUGUACACACUAUCUGAUGGAUGAUGGAACUAUUAUAAGCACUAAUCUAGCACAGGUAACUGAAGGCUACGUUGCACAGGGUAAUUCAUGUUUUCUCAGUCGCUGUGUUUCACUGUGGAUCAAUGCUCAGAUUCGGUGUACAGUUCUGUUUCAUCAUGAAACCAUGUCUGUCCAGCUGUAGGCCAGUAAGGUGACCUUUCAUAUUUAAAUUGUUUAAAAACUGAUCAUUAAAUUGCCUCUUUUAUUGUGUUACACCAAAGUUUGAAGUAUUUAAUGUAUUGUGGCAUUUCCUGUGUGGCAGUUGUGCUGCUGCUCAUUUUAUUGUGUGCAAUAUUUCGUGAGAGCACUGAUACUUUGAGUUUGUGUUUAACAUUUCAUACAAUCACAAGUAAUGAGGGAAAAAACAAGUUGCACAAAUCACAGAAUGCUGUGAAAUUACUUGCAAGACAUUUGUGGAUGUAUUGUCUUUUUUUCUGGGUGCUACAUAUUCAUAAGAUCUUUUUAUGUUGUCUGACAUUUUAUCUCCAAUAAAUGGCUGAUGCAGCUCAUGAUGACCUCAAUCAA